AUGGUCAUGCCAGUAACAAGACCAGACAGAUGCACCGCCGCGUCUACUUGUCAUAAGCCAAAUAAGGGCGAGGACAGUUGUGUAACAAGCGCCUCGCCGGCCAAGGAUCAGACGCUUGAGAACGAGAGGAAGACGCCCCUCGAGAUGGAGCGAAGGAUGCCGUCCUUCGUAUCAAAACGUCUUCGAGAAAAGAGGAGAUCCGAGAUAGACCCCGAGACCCCAAGAUUCCGAAACGUCGAGACCCCAAGAUCCCCAGAUUUCGAGACCCCAAGACCCGAAACCAGACGUCAUGACCCCCAGACCCCAGACUUCGAGACCUACCAGACGCCAGGCGGAGGAUCCGAGCAUUUCGAGACCCAGAUCCGGGAGACGUCGAGACCGUCAAGAUCCAGACUUGAAGACGCCCAAAGACGUCGAGACCGCAGACCUAGACGUCGAGACCCCAGUCCCCCAAACCCAAGACGUCGAGACCCCAAGUCAGACCUCCCCCUGGUAGACCCCCGUAGACCUCCAACCGAAGACUCACAAGAAUCCCUGACCCAUAGACCCUCAAGAUCCCAGAGACCCAGACCCUACCGACCCCUGUGGACCCCAGACCCAAGACCCCGAGUUUACGCCCAGACGGGGAGGAGCGCGCCGCCAGGAAGGGGGCACGGCAGGGGCUGA